UUAAGGAAACAAAAGCGCGUAGGUGUCAGCGAGUACGUGGUAGUCCACCAUACUCUAUCUUCCUCUCCAUAAACCUCUCGUCAAGCAAGACUGAUAUUCAAACCCUAAAAAAAAUUCAGACUGUUCGAUAAAGAGGAGGAUGUUGCGAUCGUGCUGUUAUUGGCCAUUGGAGAGGUAUCUGGGGAGGAGGAGCAGUGAUGAAUUGCUGUGGCACAUUGACCUGAAGCCGCACGCCUCCGGCGACUUCUCGAUCGCCGCUGUACAAGCCAAUUCCAGCAUGGAGGACCAGAGUCAGAUCUUCGCCUCGCCGUCCACCACCUACGUUGGCGUCUACGAUGGCCACGGUGGACCAGAAGCCUCUCGAUUCGUCAACCGCCACCUCUUCCCUUAUCUCCAUAAAUUUGAAACCGAGCAAGGAGGCCUAUCAGCAGAUGUGAUAAAGAAGGCAUUUUAUGCAACGGAAGAGGAUUUCACACGAUUUGUGAAGCAAUCGAUGCCAGUCAAACCACAGAUUGCUUCAGUUGGAUCAUGUUGUAUUCUUGGUGCAAUUUCAGACGGUGAACUGUAUGUAGCGAAUUUAGGAGAUUCAAGAGCGGUUCUUGGGAGGAGAGGUUUUGACGGGGAGAGGAAUUUGGUGGUCGCAGAGCGGUUAUCAACUGAUCAUAAUGUUUCAUAUGAGGAAGUGAGGAGGGAGGUACAAUCACUUCAUCCAGAUGAUUCUUCGAUAGUGCUCCAUUGCCAUGGAGUUUGGAGAAUCAAGGGCAUAAUUCAGGUGUCAAGAUCUAUCGGUGAUGUUUAUCUCAAGAAGCCCGAGUUUCACAGAGAUCCAAUUUUCCGACAAUUUGCAAAUCCUUUCCCCAUGAAGAGAUCAGUAUUAACAGCUGAACCCUCCAUUGUUACUAGAAAGCUUAGGCCACACGAUUUGUUUUUAAUAUUUGCCUCAGAUGGCCUCUGGGAACACAUAAGUGAUGAAGUAGCUGUUCAAAUAGUAUUUAAACACCCAAGAGCUGGAAUAGCGAAGAGACUGGUAGUAGCUGCACUUGAGGAGGCUGCUAAGAAGAGGCAAAUGAAUUGUAAGGACCUUAAUAAGAUCGAAAAGGGAAUCAGACGUCAUUUCCACGAUGAUAUUACUGUGAUUGUGAUUUAUCUUGAUCAUACCUCUUCCAGUUCCAAUCACAAAGAAGGCACUCUUGGCUACAUCACUGCCCCUGUCGACAUUUUCUCCCAUAACUUCGAUGAAGUAGUUGAAAAUUCACCCGACAAGAUUCUUCCGAGGGUCGUCUACUGAGAGGCGAGAGCAUGGUUAAAUGGAGAUUGGAGUGGGAAAUGAUCAUUUUUUACUUACAGGCUGCUGUAGAUAAUUACUGAUGGAUGCAGGUGAAAGAAAAGUCUAGAUUUUACCAAUACACAUGUUUUUUACCUUUGGUUCUUUGAUUAUUGAUUUUUGUCCAAGAUUUGCUAGCAGACUAUGUUCCUGAAAGUUGAAGUUCACCAUUUUCGUUACUUUUUUCAAUUUAUAGGAGCUAGUGAAUCUAUGCAUAGGCAUUCAGUUCCUGCAACCUCAUGUUAAGUAAAACAUGGAUCUUUAACGACAUUUGUCCUAUAGAACAUUAUGAAAUCUUCUUGUUACAACAA